UUAAUUUUUCCAAAACAAGAUAUGCUAUGAAUUUAUAAAUAAAUUUUUAUUUCUUUAUCUAUUUUUAUUAAACUUUAUAUAGAAAUUAUCUGUUAUUCACUUUGAUUAUGCUUUUCUGUUCAUUUGGGGUAAGAACUUGAGAGCUUGAAAGGGAAAACAGAUAAAGCGACUCCGACAUGAUGAAUAAGGAAAGAAAAACAGCAAGCUAGGCUUGUGGUCUGAGUAUAAAGGGAGUGAGUCAUCAAACGAUCAAAAGAUCCUCUGCGUUUCUGCCCCUAGGGUUUUGGAAUUUUCCCAUUUUUGUACCGUUUUCAUUCCUUCCCUUUAUUUUGUUGUCGGGUUGUAUGGAUUUUUCCUUUGGUUUCUGGGUUGUAACCAUUUCCUAUAAAAUCUGAGACCCUCUUGUUGCUUCCACCCAUAAUUUUUUCUUGAGUUUUUUGGGUCUUCUAAAUCUCCAGGAGAUAGUUUCUUUCUGGGUUUCCGGUUAUUGAUUUUUCUUGUAAAAACUGUGCUUAAACACAAUCUCUCCGGGUUUUUUUUCCAAAUUAUUGGACAUGGUGAGAGGAAAAAUUCAGAUGAAAAAAAUUGAGAAUAAUACAAGCCGGCAAGUGACUUUUUCUAAGCGCAGAAAUGGACUGUUGAAGAAGGCUUAUGAGCUAUCGGUUCUUUGUGAAGCUGAAGUUGCAGUGAUUAUCUUUUCACAGAAAGGAAGAGUCUAUGAGUACUCUAACUCUGGGAUGCAAAAGACAAUAGAUCGAUACUUCAAACACACAAAAGAAGUGCUAGCUAAUAAGCCUGAAACGGAAGAAUACAUACAGCAGGUGCAGCUUGAUAUAGCAAAGAUGGUGAAGGAGAUUGAGCAUAUUGAAGUUUCUCAACGGAAGCUUUUAGGGCAAGAUUUGGGUUCAUGUAGAGUUGAGGAACUCCAAGACAUUGACGAUCAGCUGGAAAGAAGAUUGCGCAGCAUUCGAGCAAAAAAGGCUCUGCUGUUUAAGGAGCAGAUAGAGCAACUUAAAGCAAAGGAGAAACUCUUGUUGGAAGAGAAUGCAAGGUUAAGUUCAAAGGUGAAUCUUAAGCCAUGGCAGGCAUCAACUCAACAGAAAGGUGUAACCCAUAAGAGCCAAAGCUCCCAGAGUUCAGAAAUAGAGACUGAAUUGUUCAUCGGACCAACUGAAAUACGUUUCCUUUAGCCAGAAAUUCGGUGCAUGUGAAUGUGAUCCUCUCUCUGGACGCCUACUGUCGAGAUGUACGUGAAUUGUAACAAAGCCCCAUUAAUCCUUUCAAUUGCCCUUCCGAAUUAUUGUGGUAUGUAUGGUCAUCCAAUAAACCACAGGUAAUGCAUUAUAGCCCUGUCCAUCUUUUGCUUCUUGUCAGAUGUAUUCAUAAUUCUAGUGUUGAAAGUGUUUCAAACAUUAAUGCAAAAGCAGAUUUCACUGUAACAAUCUACUUACAUUUAUAAUUAACACAUGUAUUUUUGAACAAUGUAUUGUACACAAUGUUAUAUGCCUGU